AUGUGUCGUCAUGUUCACUUACUCACCAAAAGGCCCUGCCUCUAUAUAAAGUGCCCACAUCUGCAGAUCAUCUAUUCCAAGGAAGAGGAUGGAUUGUCUAGAACAGCUGCAUCUAUGUCUUGGUUCUCUUGGCUCUUCAUUGCGUGGUCCAGGUCAUCCCAAUCUCUGCUACUUGUGUGGCUUGUGGGAAGAGAGCUGGGAAUCCGGGAUGGGCUUCUGUAUGUUCAGAUGCUGACAUGUUCUCAUCGGGGUACACCAAGUAGCCAGGGUCUGUUUCAAGAUGGAGAUGUAAUCAUUGGUGGUCUUUUUCCUCUUCAUUAUAAGCCUCCAGCUAUAGACCAUGACUUCACUCAGCUGCCACACUACAAUCCAUGUACUGGUUUAGAAUAUGUUCCCCUGCAGUACAUAUAUGCUAUGGUGUUUGCACUGGAGGAAAUCAAUCAUAGUACAAUGCUCCUACCAGGAAUCAAGCUGGGCUAUCAUAUUUUUGACAGCUGUGGGCGCCCACCAUGGGCUCUCCAGUCAGCACUAUCACUCGUUGGUGGAGACAGCACCAGCUGCAACUCUACAAACCCUCCAGAUUAUUCUAGUGGUCAAUCUGUCCCCAUGAUUAUUGGUGGUGAUUCAUCCAUAACAAGCCAAAUACUCUCCACAGUGCUGGGGCCACUCUCCAUACCUUUCAUCAGCGAUCUAUCCACCUGUCCUUGUCUCAGUGACAGGCUCCAGUAUCCAAAUUUCUUCAGAACAAUUCCCAGUGAUAUUUACCAAGCACGUGCUGUUGCCCAGCUUGUUAUACGCUUCAACUGGACUUGGGUUGGAGCAGUUGUAGCAAACAAUAACUAUGGCUACAUGGCAGUAAAGAUAUUUCAGGAGGAGAUUCAGGGAGCAGGUGUCUGCCUGGCAUUUGUAGAGACUCUCCAAAGGGAAAAUAUCAUUAGUGAUGCCAGACGAGCAGCCCUCACAAUUCAAGCCUCAACUGCAAGGGUGAUUUUGAUCUUCACUUGGUAUACAGAUGUGAGAGAAUUGUUCCUGCAACUCGCCAAACUGAAUGUGACUGAUAGACAGUUUUUGGCCAGUGAUCUGGUCCAAAAUUCAGUUACAAGCAAAGUGGCAAACGGUGUUCUUGGUGUUGCCACUAGAAGUUCAGCUAUACCUGGAUUUGAAAGUUAUCUCAGACGUUUACACCCAAUUCACCGUCCAGAUGAUGAGUUCUUAAGAGAAUUCUGGGAAGUGGAGUUUGGGUGUAGUCACAGGACCAGGCAUCUUCAUUUAUAUUCCUCCUCAUUGCUCAGUUCUCCUGUGUCCACACUAAAGUCCAGCCAUAUAUCAAAUAUUUUAACUUCAAAUCCUCCUGUUAUGUCUGAUCAGAAAGCUUCACUAUCACAUUGCAAUGGGACGGAGUCUCUGAAAAAAGUGCAGAAUCUCUUUACAGAUGCAUCCCAGCUAAGGGUGACAUAUAAUGUCUACCUUGCUGUUUAUGCUGCAGCCCAUGCCCUCCACAGCCUUCUCUGUCCCAUUAAAGACAGCCCUUCUGAAAACAACAUCUCCACCUGCUCCUCUCCAAAACAAAUCAAGCCCACUGAGCUUUUGCAGCACUUGCAAGAAGUGAACUUCACCACACCACAAGACGAAACAUUUUACUUUCAAGGAGCCGAUAUUCCAGCAAAGUAUGACCUUGUUAACUGGCAGAAAAUGCCUGAUGGGACACUAAAAAUUACUUUGAUUGGUCAUGUGGAUGGGUUUGCUCUCCAUCUUAAUGAAUCAGCUAUUCAGUGGAUCACAGGAUCCAAUCGGGUGCCUACUUCGGUGUGCAGCGAGAUCUGCCCCCCAGGGACCAGAAAGGUCAGCAGGAAAGGAAAACCUCUCUGCUGCUUUGACUGUAUUCCAUGUGCUGCAGGAGAGAUAAGCAAUAAAACUGGUUCCCUUGACUGUGAGCGUUGUCCCCUAGAGCUCUGGUCUAAUGCUAAACAUACUGGCUGCAUCCCUCGCCAACUUGACUUUCUUGCCUUUAAUGAGACUUUGGGAAUUACUCUUACUACAGCAGCUGUGACCGGUGUCACUGUGACAACAGUUGUCUUUGUGGUUUUCGUUCGCUACCAUCAUACACCUGUGGUCCGGGCUAACAAUUCAGACCUGAGCUUCCUGCUUCUUGUGUCAAUCAAGCUCUGCUUCCUGUGCUCGCUCGUGUUCAUUGGUCGCCCAUCAGACUGGUCUUGUCGUUUCCAGCAGGCAGCUUUCGGAAUCAGCUUUGUGCUUUGUGUGUCCUGCCUCAAAGUCAAGACCAUUGUGGUUCUGGCAGCGUUUCGCUCAGCUCGGCCUGGUGCUGAAGCCUUAAUGAAGUGGUUUGGUCCAGGUCAACAGAGAGGAAGCGUCUUCUUCUUCACCUGUGUGCAGGUUAUCAUCUGCAUUAUUUGGCUAUCAAUCAGCCCCCCUGUUCCCAAAUCUGACCUGGAUGUCCCAGGGUUAAAGGUUACUCUGAAGUGUGCCACUGCCUCUGUGGUGGGUUUCUCUCUGGUAUUGGGCUACAUUGGACUACUGGGCUGCACCAGUUUCCUCUUGGCUUUUCUUGCCAGAAAACUUCCAGACAACUUUAAUGAGGCCAAGCUGAUCACCUUCAGCAUGCUGAUUUUCUGUGCUGUUUGGGUGGCUUUUGUUCCUGCCUAUGUCAGUUCUCCUGGAAAAUAUGCAGUUGCUGUUGAGAUUUUUGCCAUCCUUGCCUCUAGCUAUGGUUUGCUGUUCUGCAUAUUUGCUCCAAAGUGCUUCAUCAUUCUUUUGAGGCCUGAGAAAAACACUAAGAAACAUCUGAUGGGUAGAUAG